AUGGAAAAUUUCCGAUGUAUAACCUCAGACCUGCACUACUGGAAAAAGUUCAGAGCCAAAACCCUAUCACCACCACCUCCCUAUACGUUGCUACUCUUCGAUUAUAGGAUAUCUUGCCAACUGCGAAGCCUCCACAAACGCAACCCCGACUCCAUUAUCGUCUACUUCUUCCCAAUGCCCAUUCUUUGGUUAAGCCCUAAAUACAUUCCAUCGCUCACUGCUUCGUCUUCCUCCUCAAUCAAAUUGAGAGCCGCUGAUGUCGUAGAAAGACAAUCCUCCACCGCCUGUGUCAUCAAACUCAGAGUCGCCGGUGUCGUAGAAAGAGAAUCCACCACCGCCAGGUCGCCACCUCUAAAGGCUUCUCGUUCGUCUUCGUCGCCAAUUCAAAAUCGUGUUCUUAGGUCACUCGAAAAGCACUCAUGGUCGAUGAAAUCAAAAUGCGAAAUCAUGUUCUUAGUUGCUUCCAAUUUCCAUCAAUGGCAUCUCAAGCCGAUUCAUCUCUGCAAGCCAUCUGUUAUCACUGUGGCUCACUUCAACUACUUGAUCAGUCGUCCAACAGCUGUGAAUCUUUCAGAUGCUGCAACUAAACUUACAGAGAUUGUCGAACUCUGCUGCAACUGCUACGGUCUUGCAACAGCUGGAUUUGGAACUACUCUUAGAGUAAUCUGUGCACUACAUGCUGAUGGAGUACUUGAAAGAGCUUAUUGUACAGAAACCCGUCCAUUUAACCAAGGAUCAAGAUUAACAACUUAUGAAUUAGUUCAUGACAAAAUACCCGCGACUCUUAUAGCAGAUUUUGCAGCUGCUGCUUUAAUGAAAACUAGAUCUAUCCAUGUUGUCAUUGUUGGAGUUGAUCAUGUUACUGCUAACGGUGGCACUGCGAACAAGAUUGGAACAUAUAGCCUAGCGUCAUCUGCUAAACAUCAUGGUGUUCAAUUUUACGUUGCGGCCCCCUUGGCUUCAGUUGACUUGUCAUUAUCUUCCGGAAAUGAAAUUGUUAUAGAAGAAAGGUCACCAAAGGAGUUACUUAACACACAUGGUGGUAUGGGAGAACAAGUUGCAGCUUCUGUGAUUUGUGUUUGGAAUCCAGCUUUUGAUGUUACACCAGCUAAUUUAAUAUCUGGUAUCAUAACUGAAAAGAUUAAAGAGAUAAAAGUAUGGAAGCAAAACCACCUACCUUUUGGACUUAAUCUAGGAGAACUUGAAGAAGGUUUGAAGUUUUAUGAUGCUAUGGAUGGUUUUCCACCAAAGAGAAUAACUAUAGCACUAUUGGUGUAUACAGCUCCUCUUAUACCAGGAAGUGAGGUGUCACAGCAUAUAAGUACAGCUGGAAUGGAAGCUAAUGGGAUAAGUAAUAUGAAAUUAGCACUCAAUGGAUGCCUGAUUAUAGGAACAUUAGAUGGGGCUAAUGUUGAAAUCAGGAAGGAAGAGGCAGAAGCGGCUGUAGGCCGGAGUAGGAGACUUCGUCUGUCUCGUCGACCGGAGACCGGAGGCGGAGGCGUCGUUGGCCGAAGGCUAAGGUCCGGUGGUGGGAUUUUCAGGUUGGUUGAAUUAUUGGAGGUGCCAAGUGAGGCGAGGCUGGCCGAUGAUGAUGAUGUUGCGAUAGGGGAGAUGGAGAUGAAGGACCGAUUAGUGUGGGAGGAGGAAGCUAAGUAUGUGAGGAGGAGGAGGCGUAUUCAAUUUAGGACACCAUAUAGGUGUGCAUACAUAUUACAACAAUACAGAUCUCUUCUUAAUGGAAUGGUGGAAAUAGCCAAUUAUCCAUUAGUGAGGAUUUACCGAGGGAUCAGCUAUGCAUCUCGCAAUUCCAUCUUCACGAAAUGCAUUGGAAUUUCUGAUGACGAUGACGGCACUACACACCCGAUUCCGGCAACCUCCGCAUUUUUAAGCUGAAAGUAUUCUUCGUUAACUUUCGGAUUCAGGGGCCUCAUUUUUGCCGUCGCCCUGGGCCCCAAAUCGGCUUGGACCGAUCCUGUCUCAAGGGCACAGAAUCAUAAUCUUCUUCUUCUACUUCAUAUAAAAUUACCAAAAUACCCCCCGAAAGACUUGUUAUAGGAUGCUUACAGGUUCAUCAUCUGAUUCUGAUGUUUGCAAACACUCUUCGAACAUCCUGACAUCCUGACCUGCUGCUAACUGCUAAGUUUUCCAUCUAAAUCUUUUUAUCUCUCUUUUUCUUGUUUUAAUUUUAAUUCUCCAUUUUCAGCACGAAAAGGGAUUUUCAUAUGUGUUCCAUUGUUUUCAAAGCCAUUGUUGACUUGUUCAUGUUGAUUUUCCAUUUGACUUUGACCUCCUGAAUCACUUCUAGCCAAUGAAGAGCAUUGUGUUUCUGUACUGGUGUUCAGUAUCAAAAUGAAAAAGAUUAGACAAUUUGAGUAAUAAAAAUUAAUAUCAUUAAAAAAAAAAAAGCAAAGUCAGAGAAACCUGUUGCAUGAAGGACCCAUUAUGCAGUUGACAUGUGAUCAUAAAUUUUGUACCAUUAUUAAUAUACAUACCAUUUUGUUAAAAAAACAAAAAAAGCUC